AUGGUUCCUCUCCUCCCUUCCCUGCUGUGGUUCCUCUCCUCCCCUCCCUGCUAUGGUUCCCCUGCUCCCCUCCCUUCCCUGCUGUGGUUCACCUGCUCCCUUCCCUGCUGUGGUUCCUCUCCUCCCCUCCCUGCUGUGGUUCCCCUGCUCCCUCCCUACUGUGACUCUCACCUCUCUUCCCUGCGGUGGUUCCCCUGCUCCCUUCCCUGCUGUGGUUCCUCUCCUCCCUUCCCAACUGUGAUUCUCCUACUCCUCUCCCUGCUGUGGUUCCUCUCCUCCCUUCCCUGCUGUGGUUCCCACGCUCCCCUCCCUGCUAUGGUUCCUCUCCUCCCUUCCCUGCUGUGGUUCCCCUGCUCCUCUCCCUGCUGUGGUUCCUCUCCUCCCCUCCCUGCUAUGGUUCCUCUCCUCCCUCCCUGCUAUGGUUCCUCUCCUCCCUUCCCUGCUGUGGUUCCCCUGCUCCUCUCCUUGCUGUGGUUCCUCUCCUCCCCUCCCUGCUAUGGUUCCCCUGCUCCCUCCCUUCACUGCUGUGGUUCACCUGCUCCAUUCCCUGCUGUGGUUCCUCUCCUCCCCUCCCUGCUGUGGUUCCCCUGCUCCCCUCCCUGCUGUCACUCCUCUCCUCCCUUCCCUGCUGUGGUUCACCUGCUCCCUUCCCUGCUGUGGUUCCCCUGCUCCUCUCCCUGCUGUGGUUCCUCUCCUCCCCUCCCUGCUGUGGUUCCUCUCCUCCCCUCCAUGAUGUGGUUCCUCUCCUCCCUUCCCUGCUGUGGUUCCCACGCUACCCUCCCUGCUAUGGUUCCUCUCCUCCCUUUCCUGCUGUGGUUCCCCUGCUCCUCUCCCUGCUGUGGUUCCUCUCCUCCCCUCCCUGCUAUGGUUCCUCUCCUCCCCUCCAUGAUGUGGUUCCUCUCCUCCCUUCCCUGCUGUGGUUCCCACGCUCCCCUCCCUGCUAUGGUUCCUCUCCUCCCUUCCCUGCUGUGGUUCCCCUGCUCCUCUCCCUGCUGUGGUUCCUCUCCUCCUCCCUGCUAUGGUUCCCCUGCUCCCCUCCCUUCCUGCUGUGGUUCACCUGCUCCCUUCCCUGCUGUGGUUCCUCUCCUCCCCUCCCUGCUGUGGUUCCCCUGCUCCCCUCCCUGCUGUGACUCCUCACCUCUCUUCCCUGCUGUGGUUCCCCUGCUCCCUUCCCUGCUGUGGUUCCUCUCCUCCCUUCCCUGCUGUGAUUCUCCUACUCCUCCCUGCUGUGGUUCCUCUCCUCCCCUCCCUGGUGUGGUUCCCGUGCUCCUCUCCCUGCUGUGGUUCCUCUCCUCCCCUCCCUGCUGUG